GCAGUCCUAGCCGUCCACCUGCAGGUUCGACCUCCCAGUUUCCCCGCCGUGCCAUAUUAUAUACAUAACCGGCACACGGAAGAACCUUCGCCUUCCAAAACCGUGUUUCAUAAUUUAUUUAUUGGCUGGAUCCAGCUAUUUCCAUCAGAGAGAUCCGACCGUGACCACUCUCUUUCCCUCUUUCGCGCGAGGCACCGCUGGUUGAAUCGUGCCGCCCUCUCUUCCGGUGUUCAACGCGCUCCCUCUCUCUCUCUCUCUCUCUACUUGCAAAAGAUAGAUUCACCUCCUCUGUACGUAGUACCCAAAUAGAAAUGGGUUUCCAUAGAAUGGUGUUUCUGCGGACGGUUUUGUUAACAUUAUGCAUUGGAUUGGCUACUUCUAGCUUCAUCUCAGAUGGUGUGUUUCACUCGCACGGAUCUACCGGACGGAGCUUGCUCCAGGCCAAAAAGAAUUGCCCUGAGAACUUUGAGUUCUUGAACUACACGAUCAUCACGAGCCAGUGCAAGGGCCCGCAGUACCCACCCUCCCUCUGCUGUUCUGCGUUCAAGCAAUUCGCGUGCCCGUACGUCGAUUACUUGAACGAUGCGACCAACGACUGUGCAUCGACCAUGUUCAGUUACAUCAACCUCUACGGGAAGUACCCGCCGGGCCUCUUUGCCAGUGAGUGCCGAGAAGGGAAGCUGGGGCUCGCUUGCCCUCCUGGUACCGCGCAGUCUGAUACCGCAAACACAAGCGAUAGCAGUACAUUUAGGAGUAUCGAUUCUUUCAUUGCUGUUGUAUUUGGAGUUGUUUUGCUCGUCUUAUUCUCGUGAAUCUGGGAGGCUGUAUCUCUCGAGCUGUUGAAAGAUUGUUGUAAUAUUUUGAGAUUAGACCACAUUACUUUAUAUUGAUCUCAAGAGUAUCGGUUUUUCUCUCACGGUGGAUAACUCGGGUUUUCUUAUUCUGUAUUCAUGUGUUUUGUUCAUUAUUUUUUCUUCUUGGGUUAAUUGGAUAUGUAAUUUUUUUUGCUUUUGCUAAUUCAUGUGCAUGUAUCACGGUCGAUUUAUGUACAUGGACUAAGAUAUCCUUUUAUGCUGAA